GCUCUGCCCUCCUUCAACUGAGCAGACUUCCUGGGAAGAUGCUACCAGUUCUCAUUCUCAUGACCAUACUUCUGCCUCUUGAAGCUGGAGCAGAGGAGAUUAUCGGGGGCCAUGAGGUCAAGCCCCACUCCCGCCCUUACAUGGCACAUGUGAAAUUUGUGAAAGUUGAUGGGAAUAGAAGUGUCUGCGGAGGCUUCCUGGUUCAAGACUACUUUGUGCUGACGGCUGCUCACUGCACUGGAAGAUCAAUGAAAGUCAUACUAGGGGCCCACAAUCUCCAUGUGCAGGAGAAGACUCAGCAGAUCAUCCCUGUGAAAAGGGCUAUUCCUCACCCGGCCUAUAAUCGUGAGGACCACAUUAAUGACAUCAUGCUAUUAAAGUUGGAGAGUAAGGCCAAGAAGACUAGAGCUGUGAGGCCUCUCAAUUUGCCCAGGCCCAAUGACAUGGUGAAGCCAGGGGAUGUGUGUCGUGUUGCUGGCUGGGGCCAAAUGUCCGUCGAUGUCACUAAAAGAACUUCCCGCCUACAAGAGGCUAAACUGAUCAUCCAGGAGGACAAGGAAUGCAAAAAACUCUUCCAUCACUACUCUGAGACCACGGAGAUUUGUGCUGGAGACCCAAAGAAAAUACAGGCUGCGUACAAGGGUGACUCUGGGGGACCCCUUGUGUGUGAAAACAGAGCUUAUGGAGUUGUAUCCUAUGGGAAAAAUGGGACAAUCUCUUCAGGAGUCUUCACCAAGGUUGUGUACUUCCUGCCAUGGAUAAGCAGAAACAUGAAGCUCCUCUAACAGGUUAACACCUGUGCCCAACCAGCCUUUCUGACCUCAGGCAAGAACCACGAUGAGUGUGCGUCAAAGGCUGAAAAUCCGUAAUAAAUAACCCCCAGUGUGCAUGUAAUUUAAGUACUUUGCUGUUUGAGCCACUUGAUUGUUUCCACACCUCUCUGGCCCAGGAGGACCUCCCCUGUCACUUCUUGGCUUUGCUUCCCCCUCCUUCCCCAACUCAUCCUCUUACUGGUACUUCAGGCUACACAAUUCCCACAUAUUUAUCACCCAUUCAUGGUGGAAGGUAGGGUGUUGUUUCUUUGAUUCUAUUUUUGAGUAGGGUCUCACUGUAUAGCUCCGGAUGUUCUGAAAUUUACUAUGAAAACCAGCCUGGCUUUUAACUCACAGAGAUCUGCCCCUCUCUGCUUCCCCAGUGCUAGGAUUAAAGGUGUAUGCCAUGCUAUCCAACCAUACACACGUCUAAUUCUCCAGUCUCCAAGGUUGGCUUUCUCACUCAGAAGCCUCAGGAGGCUACAGCUCUACUGAGGUGCCCCAUGCUCAGUCACUCAUUCACACUUAGCCCUCCAGACAGGAACCUUCUGGGCCUAGGAAAGUCCUACAUCUCUGAGCCACCUUCCUCCAGCCCAACAACGGCAGAUAGUGGAACAAGGCAUGGGGGUGAAGGGAGAUUUGACUCUGGGAAUUCAGAAGGCCAUGGGCUGUGCAACCCAGUCAUGUUCCUGUCUCCAGUCCCCUCUCUAGCAGGGUAGGAGACUCUCCCCACCUGAACUGUCUGCAGUCCAGAAGCCUGAGACAUAUCUCUGAGGAAGCCAGGCUCAGCUGGGCCUCAUUUCCCAGCCCAGCACAGAGCUCAGUCAACUUCUAGUGGGAGGUAAAGACCCAAGAGCAGGUAAAAGGUUCAGAGACGUGUUCACUCCCACUGUUAGUAAUACCACAAAACACAAAGAUACAAAACCAUAACAUAUAUGCAGAGGACCUAGCUCAGACACAUAGAGGCUCCAUGACUGUCAUUUUUGUCUCUGUGAGUUCCUCUGAGUUCUGCCUAAUUGAUUAUGUGGGCCAUGUUCUCCUAGUGUUCUUGACGCCUAAUGCUUCCUGAUCCUUUUCAGAAGGGCUUCCCUUGAGCUCUGCCUAGUGUUUGGCUGUGAGUUUCUGCAACUGCUCCCAUCAGCUCCUGAACAAAGCCUCUUGGAUAACAACUGGGGUAGGCAUCCAACUAUGCGUACAGCAGAAUAUCAACAGGAAUCACUCCACUGUCUUCUCUGUGUGGCCAGUUGUGUUUGGUUCUAACCUAGUUCUCUGCUCGUUCUCACCUCUGGCUCCUGACCAUCCAGGCAGUGUGAGGCAUUGGCGUCCUCUCAUGAUAUGAGCCUCAUUUUGGACCAGUCCUUUUGGUCACUGGACAAUUCCUGUACCAUCUUUACUCUAGCACAUUUUGUAAACAGGUCAAAGGUUUUGUGGUUGGGUUGGUGUUCGAGUCCCACCACUGGAAGUCUGACCUGGCUACAGAAGAUGCCUGGUUGAGAUUCCAUAUCCUCCUUUACUAGGGGCCUUUGCUAGAAUGACCUUCAUAGAUGCUAGGGAGUUUUUAGUGCGUUGGGUUUCCACAUCACCCCCCAAAUACUCCAAUUCCAAUAGUCUUCACAGUAUACCCUCCCUUUAUUCUGCCCUCUCUCAGCCUGACUGCUCUUGUUCACAUCCCCACCCACCCAAGUCCAUCUGCAAAUCUAUUCUAUUUCCCCUUCCCAAGGAGAUUGAUGGAACCCCAGAGUGCUCCUUGUCACUUAGCCUCUCUGUGUCUGUACAUCCCAGCAUGAUUAUCCUCUACUUAACAGCUAAUAUCUGCUUAGAAGUGAGUAUACAUCACGUUUGUCUUUUGGGGCCUCGAUUACCUCACUCAGGAUGAUUUUUUUGUUUGGUACUUCCGUCCAUUUGCUGGCAAAUUUCAUGUUGUUGUUUUCUUUUAAAGAUGAGCACUAUCCGUUGUGUAAAUGUACCACAUUUUCUGCAUCUCUUCUUCUGUUGAGAGGCACCUCCAUUGUUUGAUUCUUCAGAUAUUAUGAAUAAAGCUACUAUGAACAUA